AGUGUCAUGUUCUACCUGGCGGCUGCUGUGUCCGACUUCUACAUCCCGACCUCGGAGAUGCCCGAGCACAAGAUCCAGUCCUCAGAGGGACCCCUUCAGAUCACACUGAAGAUGGUGCCAAAAAUGCUGUCUCCUCUCGUCAAAGAAUGGGCCCCAGAGGCGUUUGUUAUCUCCUUUAAACUGGAGACAGAUCCCUUGAUCUUAAUCGAUAAAUCCCGGCAGGCUCUGGAGAAAUACCAUCACCAGGUGGUGGUGGCAAAUAUCCUGGAGUCCCGGAGAACCUCCGUUAUUAUCGUCACCAAAGACUCACAGACUCCGUUAUCUCUUUCCGAUGAGGAAAUAGCUCAAGGCAUGGAAAUAGAGGAGAAGAUAGUGAACUAUCUGCAGGGCCAGCACACCCUCUUUAUAGAGAAGAAGGUCUGA